GACUGUUAAAACUUAAAUCUACAACCUUCUCUCUCUCUUCUGCUUCCAAUUCCUUUCGCGUCAUCGAAAAAACACGUCUUCCACUCGCUUCCAAGUUACUUCUCAAAUCUCUGCUCCCCAAUUCCUCCUUCCUCUGAAAAUAUAUACCACCGAAUCCACCCAAAAACGAGACGCCUUUCUCACUCUACAAGCCCAAAGUUUCACACUUUCCAGAGAGAGAGAGAGAGAAACAGAAUCUGAACAAUCGAAACAAUGGCUGAUCCAGAACGAGGACCGCCAACAAAACCCAGACCCACCAAUUACAAUUACAACUCCAACCAGUACUACGUGGGAACAUCCGAAACCCAAUGGACAUCGUGGCUGAUUCCUAUGUUCGUGGUGGCCAAUGUUGUUGUCUUCAUCGUCGCCAUGUCCAUCAACAACUGCCCAAAACACAAUCUUGGUUUCGCCGACAAGUGCGUGGCCAAGUUUCUGGGUCGGUUUUCGUUCGAGCCUCUCAGGGAGAACCCUCUGUUCGGUCCUUCUUCUGAUACAUUGGAAAAAUUGGGAGCUCUUGAAUGGUUCAAGGUUGUACAUGGGCAUCAAGGAUGGAGGCUUUUCACUUGUAUGUGGUUGCAUGCUGGUGUCAUCCAUUUGCUUGCAAACAUGCUCAGCUUGGUCUUUAUUGGCAUCCGUCUUGAGCAGCAGUUUGGGUUUGUACGCGUGGGGAUAAUCUACCUGUUGUCUGGAUUUGGUGGGAGCAUAUUAUCUGCCCUUUUCAUUCAGAACAAUAUUUCUGUUGGUGCUUCUGGCGCUUUGUUUGGACUUCUCGGAGCUAUGUUAUCAGAGCUUAUUACUAACUGGAGUAUAUACACAAAUAAGGCCGCCGCACUAUUGACGCUUAUAGUCAUUAUCGCCAUUAACUUAGCUGUUGGGAUUCUUCCUCAUGUUGACAACUUCGCCCACAUUGGAGGAUUCUUGAGUGGCUUUCUCCUUGGCUUUAUUUUUCUACUUCGUCCCCAGUUUGGAUGGACAGAGUCUCGGAAUCUUGCAGCCAAUGCUCGUGUCAAAUCUAAGCAUAAGCCUUACCAAUAUGUUCUUGUGUUGGUUGCCUCUGCCUUGCUGAUUGCCGGAUUAACUACAGGAUUGGUGUUACUGUUCAAAGGAGAGAACUUAAACAAGCACUGCAGUUGGUGCCAUUACCUAAGCUGCGUGCCAACGUCAAAAUGGAAAUGCGGGAACUGAUACGAGGAGGAUCGUCCUGUGUCUCUGACUUGUUCAUCUCGUUUCCUAUUCUUUUCUUCUUUGCGUGAUGAUAUGUGUUUCUUUCUUUCAAUUGGAGCUUUCAGUCACUAAUGUACAUGCGUAGAACGGCAUAUGAUUAUGAGAUGCUCUAGCUUUGCUUUGGAACAUGGGGAUACCAAUGUAUAUUUGAUACAGUUUACGGACGAUGUCGUGUCCCGUUAUAUACUGAGAUUUGUUUUCACACGAUGGAUUUUUUCCUCCUUGUGCGCUUGUGUAGCUUUUUCUUUACCAAAUUAAUAUU